AGGCCGCAUAAAAUUGCUGCAGAGAUUGCCAGUUUGAGACUACUGAUGUAUUUGAAGGAAUUUCGCGUGGAGCAGUGUCCGCUGUUCCUGCAGCACAAAUGCACACAACAUAAACCCUUCACGUGUUUCUAUUGGCAUUUUAUGAACCAGCGUCGUCGAAGGCCUGUCAGAAGAAGAGAUGGCACUUUCAAUUAUAGUCCCGAUGUUUAUUGUUCAAAAUAUGAUGAAACAACAGGCAUAUGUCCCGAUGGAGAUGAUUGUUCCUAUCUUCAUCGCACUGCUGGAGAUACAGAAAGACGCUACCACCUUAGGUAUUAUAAAACUGGUGUCUGCGUAUAUGAUACAGAUACCAGAGGUUACUGUGUUAAAAAUGGGCCUCACUGUGCUUUUGCUCAUGGGAUCCAUGAUUUGCGAAAUCCCGUGUACGAUCUUAGGGAAUUGCAAGCCAUGGAAUCAAAUGAAGAAGGGCCGAAUGGAAUUUCUGGUCCGAAUAACUUAGAUAAGGAAAGAAAUGCUCUGAAUGAAGACCCUAAGUGGCAAGAUACCAACUAUGUUUUAGCCAAUUAUAAAACUGAACAGUGUAAAAGGCCUCCACGACUAUGCAGGCAAGGUUAUGCCUGCCCUUCUUUCCAUAACAACCGAGACAGGAGGAGGAGCCCCAAGAAAUCUAAGUAUAGGUCAACUCCAUGUCCCAAUGUUAAACAAGCAGAUGAAUGGGGAGAUCCUGCAAAUUGUGAAAAUGGUGAUAGCUGCCCAUAUUGUCAUACACGUACAGAACAACAAUUUCAUCCUGAGAUAUACAAAUCUACGAAGUGCAAUGACAUACUGCAAACAGGAUACUGUCCUCGUGGACCAUUCUGUGCUUUUGCUCAUGUAGAUAAGGAAAUUUCUGCAGUAAGAGAUCUAGGACCUGACCAUACAACAGAUUUAGCAGCAAUAUUGUCAAGUGCUCUUCCCCCAUCUACAAGCAGUCAAAAUCAACACAUUCCUGAUAGUCAAGAAGAAACAUCUGUUCAAAAAUCAGAUCAAUCUACAAGUGAACCGGAUCAACAAAAUGUAACACGUACAACAAAUUCUUUACCGGAAGUUCAGUCAUCUAAUACCCUUGAUCAUUAUACUUCCUCCAAUCACCCUUUACCUACUCCAAUUAGUAGACCACGAUCGUACAGUUCCUCGACAAAUCAUUCUGGUGAAUCAAUGCCUCAUUAUCCAAAAGCACCAGGUUCUGAAAGGGAAGAUAGAGAGGCAUGCAUACGAAGGCAGUUGCAGGCAAUAGAUGAUGAUCCCUCUUUAGAACCGCUUGAAAAAGCUCGUAGAAAACAAAGUAUUUACUUGGCUUGUGAUGUUUCGUUGAGUCAUUUAUCUGGGUCAAUGAAAACUAUGUCUCCUUUAGCUACUUCUUUCUAUCCAGCAGCUGAUACUGUAGAGUCCGUUGUUGGUAAUGCUUUAGAUGAUUUAAGUAUUGAUGAUAUAAAUGUUGAAGCAUCUUUAAAUAGGGAACUGAUAAAUGAUACUGGAAAUAGUUCUAUAUCAGGAAUUGGUGGUUCUAGUUUACUGGGAGCCUCUGCACCUGUGAAUAUUCCUUGUAGUGGUGAUAUUCAUGAUCGUGGUUUACCUAACUUAUCACCACCUGUAACUUCACCAUUAGGUUCAUUAUCUCAUAGUCUGCAGCUAGGUUCUUCAUCUUUAACACAGACUGAUCAUUCGUUAGAUAAAGCUGCAGCAGCAUUUUAUGGUCAUUCUGGGUCUUUUACUAAUUCUAAGCUUCAUUAUCCUGGUUCUAGUUUAUAUGACUUUGCUGCCCCACAGAAUAUGUCACCUUCAAAUAGAAUGGGAACGCAACAGUCUUUAGUACCAUCAAUAGGUGCAUUUAAUUCUUUAGGAUCUUCUAACUUAUCUGAAAUUCAAAGGUUAAGAGAUGAAUUUGCAACAAAUAGGUUAAAAAUGCCUUGGGAUGAUGGAACAAUACAAGCUAGAUCUGUUUAUCAAACUUAUGAAGUAUGGAAACGAGAAGCAGAAGAAGCAUCUAGAAGAGAAAGAUUAGCAGAACAACAAAGGGAUGAGGCUCUAGCUAAAGUUAGUAAUUUACAAAAAGAAUUAGAUGCUCUGACAGGUGGUCCUUUUCUUCACACAUUAACUAGGAUAUCAGAAUUAGAAACUUUACCUUUAAGUAAAUUAAAACAAUUACAAGAACAACUUAGGGAAGAUUUAGAAAAAAUAGAGAAGGUGGUAUUUUAUCAAACAGCUACAAAGUGUAUGAUAUGUGAAGAUAAAAAUCGUAGUAUUACUGUAGUGCCGUGUAGCCACUAUGUUUUGUGUAAUCAAUGUGCCCCACAUCAAAAGAACUGUCCGUACUGCCACGAAGCAAUUACUUCAUUAUCAAACGCAUCUUUAUAAGAUUAAUUGUUUUUAGGUUUUUUGAGAUUGAAACUUUUAACAUAGUUCCCCUGCUCGCUGUGACCAUCUUUUGACAAUAUAUAUUUCCAUUUGUAUAAUAUACAGCUCUGUAAAAUGAAAAGUUAUUCCAGAUUUUAUCAACUUUAUUGUUGGACAUGUGUGUGGUGACUGAAAAAAAAAGUCAUUUUAAAAUUUAUUUAUUUCUUGUGAGAACUGCAGUUUUUGUCUUCUGAUAUGUCGUUAGUUAUCAGUGACGUUGAUUUCUGCAUCAUAUGGCAUUGAGCUUAAAAUUUUGGUCUGCAAAUCAUGUGUCUAAAUGUGUUUUAAACAACAGAAAAAAAAAAAAAAAAAAAAAAAUCAAUCUACCAAGAAUUAAUAUUUUUUAAAUUUUAUUGCAUAAAAACUAAAAAACAUUAAAUCAAGUUUUAUAUCUGGGAGCCUUGAGAUGUAUAAAUGUUCUGAGCAAAGUAUUAAUUAGCUUUUUUUUAUUAAAUUUAACUUUGUAUUCAUCUUUUUUAAUUAUUAUUAUUAUUUUAUUUACAUAUUAUGUCAGUGAGCAAACAAAAUGAUGAAAUUUAGAGGUUUUAAAUUUGAACAAAAUUAAAUAUUUCUUGUUAAACUGUUUAAGCAAGCCUUAUUUUUAUGUGAACCAAAGGUUAGUUUACAGUUUUUUAAAUAAUAUAUAGUAAUUUGUCAUUUUUUAUAUUUGAAAUUUAGAUACUUACAUGUAUUGCUGUUUUAUAUUGUGGGCAUUAUAUGUGUGAAUAACCAAGUGUGUUACUCAAGCUUACCUGCAUAUUAGUUUGAUUAUGUUGAUUUCAAGAAUUUGUACUUAAAUUUUCUUAUGUUUUUAAAGCAAGAGAUGUAUCCAAACUUCUAUAUUUUGUCUUUUUCUCUUUUGUAUGAAUUUCUUAAAAUGAAUUGUUUAUUAAAAAAAAAAAGAACUUCCAUAUAUUUUCUUUUCAUAAUCUAAAUAAGUUUCCUUUUUAUCACAUUUCGCUUUUAAAAAUUUAAUGAGUUUUUUAAGGAAAGUAUAGUUUUUGAGUGGUAUAUUAUUUAUAAGGACUGACUAGUAUAAAUGGUCCUGAAAAAUGUUUAAUGAUUUAGACUUAUAUUACAUUUUAAUCUUAAUUUCCACCCAUUUUAUAGGGAUAUUAAAAAGUUUUUUGAUUUGACUAUACUAUGUUAAUAUAAAUGAUUUUUUAAUAUAGCAAUAUUAAAUGAACAAAAUAUGAAAGCUCAACUCUUUGAUCUUAUAUUUUGUUUAAUUUUAUUCAUUAUUUAAAUUAAAGUUUUAUUUCAUUUCAUUUUUUUCCUGAAAUUAUGACAUGUUUCAGAGGAGGGUGUAAUUUAUUUUAUAUAUUAUUUUGCAUUAAAAUAAGUUAUACAUUUCAAAAAUGGUGCAAAGAUCAUUGAUAAUUAAUCUGCAGUAACUACAAGAUAGAAUUUUAGAUGCUGUUUUUUCCCUCUUACAGUCCCCUGAUACAGUACUUGAAAAUAAUAUUUGAGUAUUUUGUUAUCACAUAAUUGCUAAAGUAAAACUACUAAAAUAGUAUUAUACAAAAACAUUUGGUACUAUUUACUAUUUUAAAGAAUUUUGAUAACUGAAAUUAUGUAAAAAAAAAGUUUCCAGUAAAAUGGUACAGAAUAUGCAAGAAAAUUUCUGAAAAGGAGCUUAUGAGAAAUUGCUUUGUAGGUAAAAGUACUCUCGAAAAGACAAUGUUUUGAUUAAAUAUAUAUUUCUUUAUAAAAUCAGAAAGUAAUUGCAGAAAAUUAUAAUGUAAAAGAAAUACUUACAUUAAGUUUUAAAUAUAAAAUUGUUUCUUUAUUUAACUAACAAUAGAAAUUAAUUUAUUUGGGUACAUCUCUUGUGCGAAUUCCAAAAGACAUUCCAGUGUCUGGUAAUGUGCUUUAAAAGCCAGUAAUUCAUAAUUACUGCCUCUUCUUUGCAUUAAUCUAAUUAUGAAUGCAUAUUUUGCUUAAAUGUUUACUUACUAAAAAGCUAUAGCUGCUUUGCAUAAUAUGUCUGAAUCAUGUAAAAUGGCAUCUUCAUGUAUAAUGUAAAGUUAGAUUUUUCUUGGACCAUAAUAAUUUCAUUUUGUGUUGAAUUGUAUGGAAUUAAAUAUAAAAUUGUUUAAAAAUCUGAUAUUUAUUUAGAUUUUAUAAAUCGCAAAGUUUAUUCUUUAUAUAUUUGUGAUUAUCAUAACAAAAGAGGAUUUAUAAAUGAGGUUCAGGUAGUUUGCAGGGGGGAGGCAUUGGCAUGUUGCAAAAAGCUCAUAUAGAGAGAGGAAGAAGUUUGAAUUGCUGUUUUCAAAAUAAGUUAUUUAGCAAAACAUCGUAUCAUUAAUGUUAAGUUUUUUGUUUUUUUUUUUAAUUGUAUUUUGUUUUAAAUAUCAGGUUCAUUCUAGUUCUGCCCCCCUUCCACACGAGUUUUGAAAAUAAAAUUUAAAUUAUAAUAAAAUACUACCUUCACAUAAAUUUAUGUUUGAUAUUAGAUUAUUAUUUUUUAAUGUGGUGUCAAGUUUCUAAAUAAGUCCCCCUUUUAGUUUUAAAAGCAUUCCAGUAACUGAUGUAAAUCUAGUUAUAUAUUUCUUAAAUUACCUGUACAUAAUUGAUGGUCUUAAGUUGUUUCACUUUCUCUAAAAGCGUUGGAAAGUUAUUUUUUAAUGAGUAAUCAGGAUAAAAGUAUCAAAACAAACUAUUCAAACAAAUAUUAUUGAGUAAGAAUUGACUUUCUUAUACUCAUGUUCAGUUUACCUCCCCCCCCACACAAAAUUAUUAAUAUUAUUUUUGAUAAGGAUCUCAUAUGUAUUCUUCAUAUGAUUAUGCCUGUACAUUAUAAGUUCAGAAAACAUUGCAAAAAUUGCUUUCACUACUCUUGUUAGUAAAUAUGUAUUGUAAAAUUAUUUUUAUUCGUAAAAUUUUUACCAGCUGUGAAUGAAAGUAUGAUAAAAAUUAGUCUUGAAAUUAAUUUCUGUUAUUGAAUAGCUUUCAUUGCUCUUGUCAUUUUUUCAUGUUGAAGAAAGUAGUAGAUAUUUAGUCAAACUUAUCAGUUAUUGAAAUGUUUAUAAUAAUAAUCAUUAAUUGAAAUGUGAUCGUAUUCAUAUUAACAGUCUUUUUCUAUAAGCAAAACAAAAGGUUAUAUUUUAUAGUAAUAUUUUCUUUUUUUUCUCAUCCCAUUAAACUAAGCUAUGUAUUAUAUGAAGUGAGAUUUUGAAGUCUCAGGGGAUGCUAUUUUGUUAUGGAUAUGAAAGAAUGUUACCUGUGAGUGAGCAUACUUGCUUUGUAUAUAUUUCCAUAUUACACAAAUUUUUCAUUAGUAGAUUUUGUUUAUAAGUAUUUUAAACUUUAGAUAUAUGGAGACAAUGUACAGUGAAAAGUAGCUGUAAAUGUUUAUAAAGCACACUAAGUAAUAAUAGUUACAAAUUAGAAAAUUUUUAAAUGUUGAGCUCAUAGGAGCAUGCUGGUAAAUUUUAUUAUGCGAGCCUAGUGAAGUGUAUUGAGGGUUGCAGAAGUAUUUUAUUUACUUUUAAUUACGAAACUUUUCUCCCUUUCAUUACAGAAAAGAAUUAUUUCUGUAAAAGGAAUUUGACGCUAUUAGUUUCUAAGCAAACUGCAUGUAUGGAAAUUUUUUAUAUAUUGUAAAGUUACAAUCUGCUAUUUAUUAAGUCUUUAAUUCACUGUAAUUAUAUUCUUUACAAAUGUAGUUAGUUACAAAGGGAAUUAUGUAAUGUGCAGGUGUUAUUACUGAUAUUUCAACACUGCCCGACAUUUAUAAUUCAUCUGCACCAUUGUAAUAACUGGUGAUAAAUUUCAUAUUUUUAUUUUUUCACAUCAUUUCCUGGUGAUAUCUUUUGUAUGAUUCAGUAAUUUUCCCUGCACGGUGAAUGCUAUAAAGAAGUUUACGUAAUUAAAUUAUUUUCUCUGUAUUCACUUAAAUAUUGAUUUAAUAUAAAAGAUAAAUUCAUAUUUUAUAUUUACUUGGAAUCUAUGGAAAUAAUUUGAUUUUUGCAAAGUUAUUAUUUAUAUUGUAUAUGAAUAAAAAUGAAUUUUUAUUAGUAAAAAUAUUUACAGUUUUAUUAGAUAUUAAGUUUCACUAUAUAAAUAGUGUAGUGCAUAAAUGCAUGGUAUGUAACUUUAAUUUGUCAUCUCGGUUAAACCUUGCAAUGCCAAAAAAAAAAAAUUUUUUUUUUUAACUUGACUUCAGUUACCUGGAUUGCUUGUUCUUUUUUCUGAGUAUGUUAAUUUGUGUUUUGUUAAAUUUUCUAUCAGUUAAGUAUAGAAAUUUAAUUAUUUGUAACCCAUAAUAGAUGAUAUGCUUUGUUUCAACAAAAUAGCUUUUUUAUUUAGUUUUCAUGCAGAGUCGUAUGAUGUAUGUAAUUUUUUUAAAGGUUAGGAAAGGGGAAAAUAGGUUCAUUGUAUUUUGUCAAAAAAAGAAAAAGGGUGUAAUCUUGUUUUAUUGAAAUAGAGCUGUUUUGUGUAUGUGUGUGUGUAUAUAUAUAUUAUAGACAAAAAAGUAAGAAAUUUGGAAGCUAAUUCACAAUGAUAUGAACAAAAUAAAAUGAAAACUAGUGAAUUCCAAAAUUUCCAAAUAAACAUCAACUAAUUGUUUUAUUUUAUUUAUAUAUAUAUAUAUUAAUUUUACCUUCCUUCAAUUAAAAAUUGAAUUCUUCUCUUGCAUUACAAUGAAAUUAUAUUUAGUCUAUAUAAUUUUCUCGAAUAUCCAGGUAAGCUGUCAUCCAGAAACUUUAGUAUUAAAUGGCAUUAUUUAUAAAUGAAUUAUCAAAAAAAAAAAAAAAAAAAGUGCAUGUGUUAUUCUUGAAUUUUAACACUUUAUCUACAAUUAAGAAAUGAUAAUAUCCAUCUUUGGUAAAUUGUGUGGGAUACUGAGAUUAUUAGUUUACAUUUUCACACUUUAAAAGUUGCAUUUAUGGAAAUACAUAGUGACAUUUACCUUUUUUCUAUAAAAUUUUUAGUCAUUAUUGAUGCAAACCUGUGCCUCUCCCAGGUUGGUUUUUCUACUUUAAUAUAAUUUUUAUCCUCCUCUGAUAACAUUUUCACUUGGCUCAUUUUGUCAGCAUAUUCCUAUAAAUUAUAAUUUCAAGACAGUUGUUUUCAUAAUGUCUACAUAUACAUUCAACUCGGUGAACUAUUAAUUUCUUUAUAUUUAUGUUUGUGGCUGUUCAUGCUUGUGGGCAUUGCAAGCCCCAUGUUUUUUAUCACAACUGAAGUACAAAAACCUUGCAGCUAGCUGUGAAAUUGUUUACAAAAAUAAAAUAAAACGACCAAAAAAAAUUCUGCAUUCUAGUGCCAAUAAAAUAAUGCACUUCUUACUGCAGUUUAACAAACUUAAGAGGAUCAACGUGAAUUAAGAUAAUAUUGUUUGAGAUUUGGUUUGCUUUUGUGAUAAUAACCAUUUGUAUACAUUUAAUAUUUUAACUCAAAUACAGUUUUAUUUGAAACGGUAACUGAGCAAUUAUUAACUGAAAUAAGGAUUCAUUUACUUAAACAACAAAGAAAUAAAUCAUAAAAUUAAAUCUGUAUGUGAUGUCAAAGAAAACUCAAUUAAGAUGUCAGUAUUGAAAUAUUGUUGAUGUUGAUUAACUUUUAUUUUUGGAAGUGAACUUGUGUGUAUCAAAUAUAUAACCAUGUUCUAUGGAUGUAUAAAUUUUUCACUUUACUAAAAAUUAGUCAUUGUAGUUAGGCAUAAAUUAGAAAAUUGGAAUUAAAAUUUAUUAUUCAUUUAUUGUCUAAAGAAUGUAUUCAAAAAUUAGAAAUAGAGAUUUUUUUGUUUUCAUUUGUAAAAGUUGUUAUUUUUUUAAUAUAACUUGUAAAGUAUGUGUUCAGAGUACAUUUCAGAAAAGUUUUAACUCUAAUAUUUAUUUCAGUUGGUUAUUAUUGAAAUCUGUGUGUGUUGAAACUUUUCUGAUAAUUAAUUAAUUCUAUUGCAUUAUAAAGAAAGUUCGUCAUUGCAAAAGUAUGUGUUAUGAUGGUAAACUGUGCUUUCAGAAUUUCAAUACUUGUAUUUAGGCAUUCAUUUUUAAUUUUGUUUUUGUGUUUUUUAAUUGUUUCUGUUUCAGUGUAUGUGUAUUUUAUUUUUAGAUUUUAAAAUGGAAUAUUUAUAUCAUUGAAAAUUCCUUUUAUUUUAAUAUGGUAAAAGUAUUUCAAAUUUCAUUUAUACAAGUGAUUUCGCCUUCAGUUAAAACAUCUGGUGAUGAAAAUGGUUAUAUUAAUUCAAAUUUUAUGUAUAAUAAAAUAGUUGGAAACUUAAUUUGUUAUGUUACUUCAGUACAUCGGGUGCAUAUUGUAAUUAAAAGCUGUUACAAUAUUUUUACAUAAUUUUAGCUUUUAUUUAUUUAUUUAUUUUAAAGAAUUUUUUUUUGCAUAUACAGUGAAACUUGGUCAAGUGACUGCCCUUGGAACUGUAAAAACAAGAUAUUAUACCUUUUAUUGUUUUAUUCAAGGGAACAAAAUUUAUGAGACGUAAUGGUUUUUAAAUAAUAACUGCAUUGUUAAUUUUUUUAAUCUGAUAGUACAACAAUGUUAAAUGUAUUUGAAAUGUUAAAAAAAAAUGUAUGUCAUAUACAGUUUUGCAUUAUUAAAAGUGCACAAAAAUUAUCCCUUAUUUGACAUAGAUUAAAUAUUUUUAACCUUUUAUUGCAUAAUUAACUUUUUGUAAAAAUAAUACAAAUCUGAAGAAAGACUUUCUUGUACAAAAAUUUAGUAAUAAAUAGUUUGUACAUUUUUUAUCACUUCUGUAUGAUUAGAUUUUAUAUUUUUCAGUUAGAAUAAAAGCAGAUAAAAGGAUACUUCAGUCAAUUAAGUUUUUUCUCGUCAUAGAAAUAUCCUCACCGUGCUUAAUCUUAACAUUGCCAAUUUUUCCCCCACCUUUUGAUAUUGAUAGAAUUGUUUAAAGUUAUCAAUAUCUGUAAAAAAAAUUCUCGAAUAAUAUGUCUAUAACAUCAGGGCUGAUUAACAAAAUAUUCAGUAUUUAAAGUGUCUUUGAAAGUGUGUGGAACUGAACUGAAAAUGCUCUUGAAAAAUUCUACUUUUAACAACUCUAAGAAAUUGUGCUGUAUUGUCUUCAAGACGUUUUACUUUAUUUAUUCAAAUAGCAAUUUUUUAAGUAAAUUCUAUUUUUUUUUUUUUUUUUUUUUUUUUUUUCCUUCAUGGAAUUUAUUCCUGUGCAAAAUAAUUUGAUCAGUUUUGAGUUUGUAUGGGUGAAAGGUAUUAAGGUAUGAUUGAUGUAUUACCUGAAAGUAAUUUGAUAUCUGAUGUUAGUCUUUUGAAGAUCAGUUUUCACAACUGAAAAUUUAACUGUUUAUUAAUUAAUCUGUAGACAUUUUGAAUUGCAUCAUAUAACUUUUUUUUGUACUAAAGUGCUACCAAUUGAGGCAUUAUUGAUUGUAUGGACAGGAAUUUUCUUGCAGUUUAUGCAAUCGUUACAGUUUUUUAAAUUUUUUCGACAUUACUCAGUGCUGAAGAAUUAUGCACAUCUAUUACAAGUAUCGAAACAAAACUUAAGAAUAACUUAAAUGCAUAAUGAAGUUUAUUUUUUUAAUCAUCCUUUGUCUUAAAAAUAUCCAUAUAUUAAUCUGUUAAUUUUUUUAAUCUAAUUUUUGUCAGCAUUUUAAAUAAUGAAAGAGAAGUCUAGUGAUAUCAAUAAAUAAUGGAAAAGAUUAGGAAAUCCUUUUACAUAUAUGCAUAUAUAUAUAUAUAUAUAUAUAUUUUAAUACGAAAACAUAUAUAAAGGGUGUUACUUUUUCAUGUUUCGCUGUGGUUGCUUUUUCCCCCCUUUUAAAGAGCUCAGUAACUAAUUACGUGCAAAUUUUAAUUUAAAAUGUAUUUAGUAUAGGUAUGUUUUAUCUGUUUACAGAUUAAACAUAAUUUUAUAAAAUUUAUACAUAUAAUAAAAUUGCUGUUGUGAUCUAAAAUGAAGUAUUAGCUGAUUUUGAUUGCAUAAUUGUAAAUUAUUUUCAAACAAUUAUAUUGUUUGGCUGAAAAAUAAUGAAUUUAAUUGUGGAACAGGUGGAUCUAUAAGAACGUGAAAUUUCCAAGAAAUUAUUGCGAGUAGAUUUAAUUUAUAAAUUUAUUAAGUUUUGUUCCCCUUUGUUGAUCCUCUUAAGCUGAAUUUUUUAAUUUCAGUAUACUUAAGAAUUAUCUAUCAAAUUUGAAAUAAAUAUAUUUCCAGUAGUCUGUAAUGUUUCUGUGUUUAUGAAAUAUAAAAAUUUAAAUUUCAGAGUUUAUACUUUUUUUAAUAAAAUUUCAUAGUACAUUUCAUAUAUGUGAAUCUAUUUUCAGUGCAUUUCAUGUUUUAAAAGUUUUUAGUGUUCAAAAUAAAAUGUUUUAGAUAAAAUUUUACUUCUGUAUCUAUUACAGUUACAAUGGCAGAAAGGGAACUUGGGAAAUUUUUGUAGUGUCAGUGUUGUUUUCUGCAAAUUUAAUUUAUUGCUUAAGAUUAAAAGUAUAUUUUCUAAAUAAAAUUACAUUUUCAUUCA